ACAAAAACAUGGUCUCUGCUCUCUCUGGUCGUGAUCCUUUCGCUUGUAUAUACCCCCCAAAUCUUCUCCUAAAAGUAGGCGGUAAUUAUUAGUGGAAAAUGGCGUUGCGCUAUUAAGUCGCCAAAGCGCUACCUGCUAUUGGAGGGCCACCUGGGAUUGAUGAGGCGCAGUAGCCAAUGAGACUGCGAGGAAUGAAUGAACGGGCUCCAGUUAAAGGGGGCGGAAGAAGAGGUAGAGCCAGUCCACGGAGAAACAGGGACCCUCCGCGAUAAACACAGGCGAGCCAGAGAAAUAAAUACAUACCCAAUCGGAACAGCGAUUUUUGAGAUGCUCCAGCUACUCUCGCUCUGUGCACGCAGAGGACACAUAGUAAGAUAAUUAUUUAAUUCUUCGAGUGCAUUUUCACGCAGCCAACUGUCGCAGUCAAGAGAAGAGGAGUCAAUGAAACUCUCCAUUUCGUUACAUUUGGAUUUUUUUGCGGCACAAGUUUAACUAGAAGUAAAUCCAGUGUUCGAUAAACCGAGCUGAUUUUUUUUUUUUGGAGCGGAGCAGCGUUUUGAAUCACGUCUGAUAUGGUGUUUCCAAGGUUGGAAGUUGAAUCGUUGCUUGCCAGCAUCAACAUUUGAUUUCGUUCUUUAACUUAUUCGCUGUAGCCCUGUGCUAAUUUAAACAAACAGACAGAAGAAGAAGAAAAAAAUCGCUAACUGAAAUCAUGUUACUGGAUGCUGGUCACCAGUUCCCCGGACUGGGAGUGGGGUCAUUUGCAAGGCAUCACUCAGCGAGCGAGAUGCAGGAGAGAGACUUGAGUUUGGCACAAAAUAGCUUUGUAGACUCCGCACACAUGGGUGCGUUUAAACUGAACCAUGAUCUCUCUCCGGGACAGAGCUCUGCCUUCACCACCCAGGCGCCCGGCUACCCCGCUGCGGCUUUGGGUGCUCACGCCGCCCAUGUCACGUCGUAUGCAAGCUCUCCUUUUAACUCAACCAGGGACUUUCUCUUUCGUAGUCGUGGCUUCGGAGAAUCCUCUCCGGCGAGCAGCCAACACACUAUUUUUGGCCCCACGGCAGGAACCCUCCAUCACUCCCACACAGACACUCAAGGCCACAUUCUGUUCCCCGGGAUCCACGACCAGCAUGGGUCCCACGGAUCCCCGAACGUCCUGAACGGGCAAAUGAGGCUCGGACUACCCGGGGAAGUUUUCGGACGCUCCGACCAGUACCACCAGGUUUCCAGCCCGAGGACCGACCCGUACUCGGCCGCGCAGCUCCACAACCAGUACGGCUCCAUGAAUAUGAACAUGGGGAUGAACAUGGCAGCCCACCACCACCCCGGUGCCUUUUUCCGCUACAUGAGGCAGCAGUGCAUCAAGCAGGAGCUCAUCUGCAAGUGGAUCGACCCCGAGCAGCUCAGCAACCCAAAGAAGUGUUGCAACAAAACUUUUAGCACCAUGCACGAGUUGGUCACGCACGUCUCAGUGGAGCAUGUCGGUGGACCAGAGCAGACGAACCACGUCUGUUUCUGGGAGGAGUGCGCCCGAGAGAGCAAACCGUUCAAGGCGAAAUACAAACUGGUGAACCACAUUCGGGUGCACACCGGGGAGAAGCCUUUUCCUUGCCCCUUCCCAGGCUGUGGAAAGGUCUUCGCACGGUCGGAAAACUUGAAGAUACACAAGAGAACACAUACAGGAGAGAAGCCGUUCCAGUGUGAGUUUGAGGGCUGCGACAGAAGGUUUGCAAACAGCAGCGACCGAAAGAAACACAUGCACGUUCACACGUCGGACAAGCCUUAUCUCUGCAAAAUGUGUGACAAGUCCUACACUCAUCCCAGCUCUCUACGAAAACACAUGAAGGUGCAUGAAGCCUCCCCACCACCACCACCAUCAGACUCAUCACCAGCAGCCAGCUCUGGUUAUGAAUCCUCCACACCUCCAGGCCUGGUGUCUCCCACCACCGAGACCCAUAGCAACACCACUCUGUCCCCAGCCUCAGCUGUGCACAACACCACCAGCCACAGUGGCCUAUCCUCCAAUUUCAGUGAAUGGUAUGUUUAGGACUAAGCUGAAGUGAAGCAACACACACUCAUUUCACAGCACUGGACCUUUCAGCAGGAGAUUGGGACACGUGCACACAAGAGGCACACAAACAUUUCUUUAUUUUAUUACUUUUGAUUCGCCAGGGAAGAUGACGAUUACCAACAGAGGAAAAUAUGUAUUAUAGUCGAGGUGUAUUUCAUAUUGUAAAUAAUUACUGAAAGCCCACUUUCCCAUUGGUUGUGAUAGUUUGUCAGUCUUUGGUGUAUAGAUGUUCCUUCAAUGGUAGCUAUUUCUCUAACUGGACUUUUAGUGCACAUAUUACGAUAAAAUUGUACUAUAAUGUUGAAUAUUGUGAUCCCAAGGCAAAUUGAUUGUACUAUACUAAACAUCUAUAAACUGGAAAGAGUGCCAAAGUUAACAUUUAACUCAAACAGACCACAAUAUUAUGCUUGUGAAUGUAUAUUUUAGUUUGCUGGGCUUAACUUGUGAUGUUUUGUGCUUUGCAAGUUUGAAUUGUGAAAUACUAUCUGGAAGAUUGUGAGGAAAAUAAACGUUGUGCCGUUCGAUUUUCUGUAACUACACCCUUCCUUUUGUAAAUAUCAACUGCCAUAUUUAUCCAUUUGUAAUUAAAUUAUGGUAUUUACUUGCUACAGAUGAAACAGUAUUUAUAAAGAAUGUUUCUUUACUAUAAAUAUGUACAAUUAUGAGCUAAACAUGGGCAGUUGUUUCGUUAUGUGCUUUUGUUCAAAGUUUUAAGAGGUGUUUUCUUCCUAAUUGUGAUAAGAAUUUUACUGCAUACAAAUAUAAUAAAAGGUGUUGCAAGUGCUAAAUA